GGCGCGCACCCGCGUCUGUGAUUUGGCUGAAGAAAGGUGAGCGCUUUUAUCAAAAUAUUGAAAUCAAUAAAACUAGUUUACGUUCAGUAGUAAGCGCGCGCGUGAUAAAACGUAAACAAUGCUGAUUACUUUUGCUGCAUCCAGUUGGCAUUCUGUCCGUCUUCAAUAGUAUUCGAAAAUAUAAUUAGUAUGUCUCGAAGCAUAGUGUGUUGAAAAGUAUGCCAAGAUUCCCGGAUGGUCUGCUACUCAAAAUGAAAUGCACGCUGUAACAGUGCUGUGGUUCAUAGUUCGAUUAAAAGUACAAACAUCGCGGAGACCAACGGACAGAGAAAGGAGAGUUGUCUAACCCACCGAUCUAUAUAUCUUAUAUUUUCUGUAAUAUAAUGGAAUAUGUAGAUAAAAAUCGAUACGGGUCAAUUUUAACUCUUUAAACUAAAUGAUGAUGACAAAAUAAUACAAAUGUAACGUUACAUAAAUAAAAUCCCAUGUAAACGGAUCAAAUUGAGGCAAAUAGCCUAAUGUUACAUUAAAGAGAGUUAGGCUAACAAACAUGAAUAAAAUAUACAAGCAGAUACUGUCAAAACGGCAAUAAAGAAAUUAAAUGAUACCCUAGAAAAAAACUUGGAACUUUUGUGUAUGUCUUGUCUAUGUCAGCAGUCAGAAUAAUCCAAUUUAAAUGCAAAAAGUGCUCAAUAUAAGUGAUAGGAAAUAGCAAUGUAAUUGGCAGGUAUUUUGAAAUUAAUUCAUGAAUGUACCAUGACAGUCAAAUGGUGUCAUUCAUUGAUAGCCUACAAUACUGCAUUAUAAUGACAAUAGAAAAAAAAAAAUAAUUCACAGAACUAGAGGAAGCCUAAGUUCAUAUUGUAGAACAUAAUACAGAAUUUUACACAGUCAAAACUAAUCAAGUCCAGCGGUUUUCAAUGAUUUAUCAAUCUGGACUGUGUAAAUGAUAACCAUCACAUAAUCACAUAAACCAGGAUAUUUAGUUUUGCUUUUGAUUAAUUAAUUCAAAUGUGAAUGAGUUGCCGUAAUAAAGCCUUCUUGUCAUCUCACUCCACAAUUACUCAUGUUUUGAGAGUUGAGUCACUCUUUUUAACUUACAUUAAGGCAUUGUGACUACUUUAAUAUACAGUUAUACUACAUUCAAAAUCAGAUACGUAAUAACUUCUCGGGCUAAAAGCUCGCCCAAUUUUUGCAACACUGCCUAAAGGCAGGCACAGAAACGUGGUUUGAAACAGACCUUUUUUUGCUACAUCACAAAUUUUAAUAACCAAUAGCAUCGAGAGAUCCUGUCAUAAUGGUUGACAAAUCAUUAACUGUGCUGCAAAGCAGUUGCUGUAGUGAGAAGGCAGCCAGGUUAAUACGGUAACUGUUAUUUUAUCUGUAGAUGUUUUGUUAACUGUUAUUAUUUCCCCCUACUUUCUUUAUUUGUAUUUAGAACUGCAAACUUGAAUAAUAACCAGAGUCUCCCGGAUUGACAUCCACACGUCACGCGAUAUGAUCUCGGGCACAAUUUGGAAUCACAAACUUGGCUGCAUUUGAGUCUUCAAAGCAUUUGAGGACACACUAUCAUAAAAUUUAUAUAAUAUUAUAUAGAUGGCAUUUUUUAAAGUGGAGAGUGAAGACAUGAAGAUUGAAGAAACAUUCAGAGUCAAUUAUGAAGAUAAUGAGGAACAAACACGGAUGGUGUUUAUUAAAGAUGAGAGUGAAGACCCGAAGGUUGAAGAAACAUUCAGAGUCAAACACGAAGAAGAUACUGAAGAACAAACAGACCUGAUGACACUGAAAGCGGAGAGUCAAGAACUCUGUGAAAAGGAAGACAAUGUUCAGCAUGAGAAAUAUAAUUUCAUGACUGGAGAAAAAUCAUUUAGUUGCUCACCUACUGAAAAGACUUCACAAAAAAGAGCUCAAAAGACAGUAGACAGAAGUUAUUUCAUCUGCCAACAGUGUGGGAAAAGAUUCACUAGAAAAUAUCGUCUUGAAGUCCACAUGAGAGUUCAUACUGGAGAAAAGCCUUUCACCUGCCAACAGUGUGGAAAGAGUUUCAUUAAUAAUCCAAACCUUAAAAAACACAUGAGAAUUCAUACUGGAGAGAAACCUUUCACCUGCCAACAGUGUGGAAAGAGUUUCAGUAAUAAAACAACCCUUAAAAACCACACAAGAAUUCAUACUGGAGAGAAACCUUACACAUGUUCUCAAUGUGGAAAAAGUUUUACAUAUAAACACUGCCUCGAUGACCACAAGAUAAUUCAUACUGGAGAGAAACCCUUCACCUGCAAACUGUGUGGAAAGAGUUACACUCACAAAAGAAACCUUAGAGACCACAUAAGAACUCAUACUGGAGAGAGACCUUACACAUGCUCUCAGUGCGGAAAAAGUUUUAAUCUUAAAAAACACCUCGAUGACCACAAGAUCAUUCAUACUGGAGAGAAACCUUUCACCUGCCAACAGUGUGGGAAGCGUUUCACUCACAAAGGAAACCUUAGAGACCAUAUGAGAGUUCAUACUGGAGUGAAGCCUGUCGCUUGCAAACUGUGUGGAAAAAACUUUAUUCGAAAACCAAACCUUAAAUACCACAUGAAAAUUCACUCUGGAGAGAAGCCUUACACAUGCCAACAAUGUGGGAAGAAUUUUACACAAAAACAACACCUCGUUGGCCACAUGAAAACUCAUACUGGAGAGAAACCUUUUACCUGCCAACAAUGUGGAAAGAGUUUUAUUCAAAAUGGAAACCUUAACAGACACAUGAAGAUUCAUACUGGAGACAAGCCAUGAUUUUUGAAAGCAAAGAAGCUUUUUGACGUGUACAGUCACACUAGAGUGAUUAUUGUUCAGUUUGUCCUGUGAUUAACUGCUAAAUUCGGAUAUGCUUUCGUGUUUGGCUGGUUUGGAGCCAGAGAUGGAUGUGUUCAGUGCUUGUCAUAUCCCUUAUGAAAAUUAACCAUGCUUUUACAAUAGUAAAACUGUAACAACCAUGACUGUACUAACCACAAUUUUACUAAAGUUGGUUGAAUUACAUUUAACAAAAGUUGUGUAAUGAACUUCUUCCAAAUAAAAAGGCAACACUUUA